AUGGGAAAUGGAUAUCAUCAGCAUAUUAAUCAUAAGGGAAGGGUUCUGCCAUUGUUGUGCUCCAAACCUUCCAUUAAAGACGUCGUUCUUCCCAAAUGGCAAAUCCAAAGGUCUGCUUCUUUCUCCGAAGACCCUUUGUCCCCAAAGAUCAGUUGCAUGGGACAAGUGAAGAGGAACAACAAGAUUAUAGGGUUCCCCGUUUCUCACAACAAGAACACCUGCAACAGCAGUGUCAAGUAUUUCAGGCUCAAGAAGCUGUUUUCUGGUAAGAAUUUGACUGCAAGUCCGGCCAUGAAUACUUCUACCAGUUGCACAAGGAAAAAAGGGAAUUGUGGGUUAAUCAACAUUGAAACUAUGGAUCCUCCUUUGCCUGUCAUAAAGAAAGGUGAUAUUAAGAGAGAUGUAUCCGACACCCUUUGGCAGAGGAGAUCACGUGGGGUUGAACUGAAGAGAUUGCAGCUUCAACUUGACAUACAUCAAGAACCAACCACUGUAUAA